UCGCGUUCCAGAGAUUCAGGAAGAACAAGCGAGUUCGAUUCGCCUUGGUCUGCGUCCUUUGCGGAGAAAUCGCGCUCUCGUGCUCUCAAAAAGGAUAGUCGCGAUGGACGGGGAACAGACCUGCCAGCAAAAAUACGUUUCUGCGCCCUGCUGGGCGCGCCUCGAGGCCGCGGCUGCCGCUGCUGCUUCGCGAAGAAGCUUCAACGUGGAGAGAUCGACACACAACCAGCAAGGCAGUGGUUUCCGCAGAAAACAUGCUUUUCCGUUAAGCAGUGAACGACCAUUUGUGCACACUCCUGAAAGAUAGAGACAUGAAUCGGCCGUCGCAUUUCGAAUUCGAGUCCACCUGCUGCUCCGUCUGAGGCCUUCUUCUUCCUCCUCUUCUCCUCCUCUUCUGCUUCUCUUCUCCUUCUCUUCUCCUCCUCCUCUGUAAGGAGUACACGGAGCGGAUUCUUGUCCUCUUCUUCCGACAGGGCUGGCCACUAAUCCUCGUUCGGUCCCUGCGUGUUCAUCGGCCGCGUUGGCGCGCGGUCUGCUGGCUGUGUGUGAGGCUGCGGAGGCGAGACACGCUCCAAGGGAGGAGCGGUGAAAGACCUAUUUGCUUGAGGAGUAGAGCCUCACAGGAAGCGAAAAGCGACAGAUUCACGAGGGCGAAGAGACCACGGAGACAGAGGUCUCCCCUGUCUCGCUGCAGCUGGAAAAAUGAGGGCCAGAGAGCGGCUGAUGAUGCCGCAUCAUGCUGCGUCCUCCUACCCUGCUGCUUUCUCUUCUUCGUUUCCGGCACCUUUCCAGAGGGACGCUUCCAGAAGCGGUAGGGAGGUCGCCGAACAAACGAGGGUUCCGCGUUGAGUCACCUUUUCGUGCGACCUGCCCUUCUGUCUCGUAGCAGCGCGAGUCUGACUUCUAGUCACUCUUCUUCUCUUGCACUCCACUCUUCCACCACAAACUGCAUCUCUUCAACUGCUGUUCAUGCCUCCUGUCCUGCGUCUUACGCUUCCCCUUCCGGCGACUCUCCUGCCUCGAGCGCUUCUCCUGCCUGCUCGGUGUCGCACUACGCUCAAGGGUCGUCUCUUUUGAAAACGGAAUCUGGUUCCCAGCUGAGCAUCGCGCCCGUCACUCCCUGCUCGCAGUGCGCCUCUCCCUCUGUCUCACGACUUCUCUCCUCCAUCCACGCUGCCGCCGUACACUCAGUCCUCUCCUUCUUCGUCUUCUCCUCUGUGCACUCUCCUUUGUCACGGUCUCCUUGUUCGCACAUGCAGCAUGGAGCAUCCCCCUCCGCUGCCUACGUGGAUGGAGCUCGAGGUGUGUGACUCUUGUCUCUUCGGUCCCUGCUCAAGCCUCGUCUGCAUCUUCUUCGCCAGCGUCUCUCGCUUCGUCGUUUUCUUCGCUGGCGUCUUGUCGCCGCGAACCACGUAGCCAACUGUCCACACAUGCCUUCUCGGGCGUACAGAGGCCGACCGAGGCACUGGACCUGCCGACGUCUCUUCUUCCCUGGAGCACGCCUCCUCUUGCGUAUCUUCAUUUUUCGACUUCUUCCCCCUUCUUCUUCUGCUCCUUCUCUUGUGCAUGCGCAUGUUCAGAGAGGUCAUGUGCAUGGACCGCAUGGGGAUCGGCGGAGGGCGAUACUCACCCCGAAAGAGCGCCGGGAGACACUUGCCUCGGGUGACACAGUGACCGGCGUCGCAUGACUUAGAUCCGAAGUUCUGCAUGUGCACAUUCCGAAGCUUUCUUCCUCUGGAAAACUUCCACCGGACAUCCGCGUCUUAUUUCCGAACGCCCCCCCCCCCCGUCAAUGGUGUCUGCUGGUUCUUCUCUCCCUCCUAGCUCUUCUUUUUCUCUUCGCAUCCUUCAGAUGCUCCUUCACGGUUCCUUUCUUCCUUCUUUCCUCCAGAUGGCUCCGCGCAGUUUGCGUCUUCGCGGGUCCCGCAGGCCGCGCCUGUCACUGCCCACAUCUCCCGAGAGCCUUCGCGCGCUUCAAGAACACAAGAGCGAGGUCCACUUCUUCUCUCUUCUGUUCCUUGUCGUCGACCUCUGUCUCCGACUCCUUGCUCUGGCGAGAGGCUUGCACCCAGUGCGAGAGAGACCCGUGCAAAGCAAGCGUCUCCGUCGCUUCUUUCUUCUUCCUCUGGCCGACGACCACGUUCUGUCUCUCUCGCUCUACGGACGCAGGGGUCGUGAGUGUCUCUCGCCAUCAUUCGUCCUCUCUGUGUCUCUCCUCUGAAGGCGCCUGCAGCCUCCGUCGCAUCCCCGGCUGCUCCAGAGAGUCGCUCUCCGCUUGCAUUUCCAUCUCCACAUUCUACGGGUCUGCAAGUGUACCUCCCCGGUUGACGGCUCUCGAGUUUUCUGGGUGGAGUGGUGCCAGCAGACAAAAAAGCCUCGUUCUCGGCUAGCUCCCUCGGCUUGUCGGCCUCUCUCUUCUUCCUGUCACUCUGCAUCCCAGCCUUCCUUCCAGGAUGCGCGUCUUCCCCCGCGUGCGAGACCUGCUGCGUCACCUGCCUUGCUGCGGGUGCACUCACCUCCGUAUUCCGCUGAUCUGUCCUCAAGAAACAAAGAUGGAAGCGACGCGUCGCCACUCAUCUUUCCUUGUGCCGGAACGCCUCACUCCGCACCGCAGCAGUCCUCGCUCUCGCCUCCAGCGCAGGCAUCUGCUGCGUCCAAGCUUCAACCACACAAAUGCUUUCUUCACCUUACCGGCCUUCCUCGUCUCCCUCCUCGUCUUCCUCUUCUGCUUCGGCUUCUUUGUGUUCUGCUUCUGGGUUCACCCUGGGCAACACUCGACUUCUCUCGAGUAGUUCUGCUGCGUGGUACUCGGCAUUGCCUGCGCGCAAUUUGUCUUGUCACCGUCCGUUGGUAUUUCUCAGGGCGGCCCGGCCUCUGGCGCCGCUUCAUCGCAUGGUGCCUCGUGUCCUCGCCUUCUCUUUCUUUAGUUGGUUAGGUACCUAUAUGGCUCGUUUUCCUCGCAGAUCUGUAGGCCACUGGCCCCGUCCAAGGUAUGCAAUCGCGCGUAUGCAAACGGGCGCCCGACAGCGUUGCAUCAAACAUGUCCCUCCGACGGUUGCCCUCGCGAAACGCGCGAAAAACUCACUUCCGUCUGCCUCCUUGCGGUCCUCUCUCUCGGGCGCUGGACUUAACGGGGGGAGACGCCCAGCUCGUCUCUCCGGUCUUCUCUCUCUCUUAUUCUUCUCAUUCAUCUUCUCUCACAUCAGCAGCCUCUUCAUCGCUGCCGUGCGCUUCUCCAGGCACCUUGUUUGGUUCUGCGUCUGCUGGAACUGCGCAGAACAGCGGAUAAGGAGAAGAGCAGGGAGAAGAUGCGCCGCAUGGAGAAGAAACUGAGGGAGGAAAGAAGAGGCUUGCCGAGGGAUUGGCCACAGACAAGGAGGCGAAGCGACAAACAACAAAGACGCCUUCUCGGAAGUCCGGGGCGAAGGAGACGAGGGAGAGGGACAAGACCAUGACGAUGAAACUGCGAUCGUGGAUCUUGAGGCAGAUUCAGGUGCCGCGGGAAACCGAAUUCAGGGAGUUGAGGAAGGACGCAAAUGAGGGAGCGCGGACGAGCGUGCAGAGAAUCGCAGGCAGGAGAAGGCGAGGAAGAAGCCCCGGAGAACUCGGGGGACAAAGAACAGGAAGACAGCGAUUAAGCGGAACAGUCAGGACCUCAGAGCUCGAAGAAGGCUGGGGAAGUUGAGGAAGGCGAGGGAGAGACAGGAGGCAAGCCGGUGGCGAUUCAGAGGAAGGACAGAGAUAAUCAGGCAAAGCAGAAGCCGACGGCAGGUGAAAACGCGACGGACGAAAGUACGGGGAACAACAAGGAACAGAAGAAGAAACAUAAUCAUGCAACUCGACACGGAGGGAUAGAAGAAGAGGGACCAGAGAGAGGCGAAACCCGGCCAGACCGACGUUCCUCGCGAUUGAAGGCGACAACUCGCACGUGAGCCGCGUGACCAUGGACAGACACCGUCAUCCUUUCUCGUGCCAGUAGCCUUCGUUAGGGUGAGAACCGCGAGCGAGAGAGUGGUAUUUCCUU